UAAUCAUAAGAGGGCCCGAUUGGAGACAUAACAUUAUUGGGCCUAUUAAUUAAGUCGGCCCUUGUUGUUGACUUUAUUUAUUCUGUUAAAAUUAUCUAAUUCCUAAAAACAUUAUCCACAAAUAUAUCACCAAAAAAAAAAUAAACAAUACAGUUGAGGUCGUUAUUCUUCCUCUAUGAGUUGCAUUCAUUGUUCAUCUCCACCUUUUCAUUUGCAAAACCAAAGGCAUAAUGCUAAAAUACCUGCCAAUUUAUUUGGGAAAAUUUCAACAAAAAGGCAUUGCAAUGUUAAUAAUGUAAAAGUUGGUGUUUUUUCUAUGAAUAAUUUUGAGGCUUUUCCUACUUGUAUCACCCUUGCUGUUGCUAAACCUGCUGAUACUGAAGUUUUGUUGAAAACGAGUGCAGUGCUGAUAUUUUUCUACUUGUUAGCCAAUUUUGUGGUGCCACAAUUUAUCACCAAAAGUUUUGAGGACAUCGCUGAUGAAAACGAGAAGCCUAGCAGCACGGACUCUCUGGAUGAGGCAAAAACGAGCUCAACAAGGAAGCGUGGUUUUGACAGCACCAAACCGAAAUAAGCAUAUCCUUUUACAUACUCUAAUCUAUAAGCAAUAGCACGUACGUUUCGCUGUUACUCAUUCGGAUGUUAUUACUUAAGAUUUGUAUGGCAGUGACAAGAGUAAUUCAGAAUAAGUGCAAGAACAAAAACUUGCUGCUAAUUCUUGAAUACCAAAAUUAUUUUUCCAUUUCUAGUGUUCUGUACGACUGUACCUGAACACAAAAAAUAAUUACAAUAUUGUCCAUGGAAAUUUGGAUGGACUGAUAACUAUAUCUAA